AUGAAAAUUAGUAAAGUGGGACUCCCACCAUUUUCUAAUGAUUUAGAAAUAAAGAAAAUUGAUGUUAGUCAGGGAGAAGAUUUUUGGAUAUUAACUGAUAAAGAAGAACUUUAUCAUUGGAGCACAAUUUUGAAAAAUCAUAUGUUCAUGCAAAAGGAUGUAUUUGAUUUUUCUAUCGGAUCCGAUGGAACGGCCGUUUACCUUAACAAUAAUGACGAAAUUUACAUUAGAAACAUGUUUUUCAAUUCAUGGUUUAGAAUAGAUGAUGGGAAUUACAAGCACAAAACCAUUUCCAUUUGUGAUUCCAAUACAAUUUUUACAACAAAUGACCAUUCGGAUUUCAUUAUAGGUGUUUAUAAUGUCACAGACAAUACGUACAACUGGGAAUAUGUCGAUGAACUUCAUUAUUAUUACGAUGUUUAUUGCGCACCUCGUGAUCAGUCAUUAUGGCUUAAGGAUCAUUAUAGUUUUGUUUAUAGAUAUAUUAAUCGUCAUCAACGUACUCCUUUAACCGAGAUUUCAUUUAGACAUAUAAAAGUUCUUUCGGAACACCACGCAAUUGGACUUGACUAUAUAAAUAAUUUAUGGGAAUAUACAAUUGGUACUUGGGUUUUGAUAAGAAGAAAUGUUAAAAGUGCAACUAUUAAUUAUAAUGGCAUACCUCCAUCAUUUCCAUUUCCAUUUUCUGUCCAUGGGAUCAAGAAAAUUGACGUUGGUCGAGGAGAAGAUUUUUGGAUAUUAACAAAUGAUGAUUCUCUUUAUCAUUGGGAUAAAAUUAAGCAAGAAUUUGUUUUUAAGGUUAGGAAUAUUUUAGAUUUUUCUGUUGGGCUAGAAGGAAUGGUUGUUUAUGUUAGUGGAAAUGGUGUUUAUAGAAAUUCAUAUAGUAGUGAUUCAUGGAAUCAAAUUAGUGAUGGAAGAAGUUCUAGAAGUAUUACCAUUUGUGAUUACAAUACAAUCUUUGCAACGGAUAAUUGCAACCAUCUUGCUAAAGCCAUUUAUGAUAUUAAAACCAAUACGUAUGACUGGGAAUUCGUCGGUACCUCCAGUAUUUAUUACCAAGUAUCUUGCUCUUCCCAUGAUCAUUCUUUAUGGUACAUAGAUAAAAAUAAUCUUGUUUAUUUAUUUGUUAAUCAUUUCGUUCGCGUUCUUAAGUCAGAAGUUCAAUUUAAACAAAUUAAAUCGCUCUCUACACUGCAUGCUAUUGGAAUUGAUUUCAAUGAUUCCUUAUGGCUAUAUACUAAUGGUACUUGGACUUGGAUCAGAGACAAUGUCAACAAUGCAACUAUUAAUUUUAAUG